AUGGAUAGAUCCAAAUUCAAGUGCUUCAACUGUGGGAAUGCAGGUCACUUUGCAAAUGAAUGCAGAAAGCCUAAAGCUGAGAAGAGGUCCAGUGAAAACAUGGACUACAAAAAGAAAUACUAUGAACUCCUCAAGCAAAAAGAAAGAGCAUUCAUUACAAAGGAUGAUUGGGCAGCUGGAGAUGAUUCUGAUGAAGAGGAGGAAAUUAAGGAAGCUAACACCUUCCUUAGUGAUAGAAACAGUGCUCUGGAAACUCAGUUCAUUGAGUUUGAGAAACUGAAAAUUGAAUGUCAGACAGCCAAAGAUGAUCUUUUGGUUGUCUUAAAAAGAGAAGAGAUCAUAAGAAAACAGCUUGAUAAGGAACAAGAUAUGAUUGCCAGAUGGAAAUCUGGAAGGAAUGUUUCUGCUAAUAUUAUCAACAUGCAAGGUAGAGAAACCUUUGUUGAGAAUGAAUGGAAAAGAGACAAGAAAGUUCUUGAGAUCUCAGAGGCCAGUUCAAGUGAUGAAAAUACUGAUGAUGAUCAUCAGUUGAAACCCAAAGCUUCAAUUGAUGAAAGUCAUCAGUUGAAUAAAAAUUCAUCAGUCGAGAAGAAAGCUCUCAAGAAACUUAACAAGAAAUAUGGUCCUGUUAAGAAGAAAUUUGUCAAAGGUGAGAAUAACUCUUCUGAGACUAGUGAGAGUGUAAACAACAUUCAAAAUUCUAGUAAUAAGACUAAGAAGAAACUGGACGCUAGUGAGUCUAAAUCAGAAGAGACCAAAAAGAAAAAGGAAAAUAGGAAUGGUAAGAUUGAAGUCAAUAAGCACACUAAUUACACUCCCAAUGCUAGUGCUCUUAGGAAAACCUGCAGUAAAUGUGGUAGUGUCAAUCAUUUAUCUGCUAAUUGUAAAACUGUGAUUGCUCCUAAUUCUUCAUUGCCUAUUUCUAUGCCAUCUGUUUCUCACAUGAACUUAUCUGCUAUGAGCAUGAUGCCUAGUUUAUUACCUCACAAUCCAUAUUCUCAUACUAGCAUGCCAUAUAUGUUCAAUCCGUAUUUCAAUGCUUUUAACUUUCCUCAAUUUCAUUCAAACAUGCAAGGCAUCAAUAACAUGUGUAUGCCUCAAAUGCCUAUCUUAAAGAGUAAUGUUGAUACCCCAAUUUCUCAAUCAAAACCAAAGAUUGAAUCCUCUCAAUCCAAGAGGAAGAUUGAGAAUGAAGGGAAAGCUGUUAUGACUAACAAAUCUGGACCCAAAACAAUUUGGGAUGAAGCUGGGAAAAUCAUUAUCAAUCACAUCAAGACAUUAAACAACAAUCCAGAUGUCAAAGUUGAAAGAAUAAGGAGUGAUAAUGGGACUGAGUUCAAUUAUUCAGUGAUGAAAGAAUUUUGUGAAGAUAAGGGAAUUAUUUAUGAGUUCUCUGCACCAAGAACUCCACAACAAAAUGGAGUAGUAGAAAGGAAAAACAGAACUCUUAUUGAAGCUGCAAGAACCAUGAUCAAUGAAGCUCAACUCCCAACCUAUUUUUGGGCUGAGGCUGUGAAUACUGCUUGCUUCACUCAAAACAUUUCCUUAAUAACCAAUUCUCAUAAUCUGACUCCCUUUCAACUCUUUAAGGGAAAGAAGCCAACAAUUAGCUUUCUUCAUGUAUUUGGAUGCAAGUACUAUGUUCUAAGGAAUCAAGGUGAAAAUCUUGGAAAUUUUGAAGCCAAAGCAGAUGAAGCUAUUUUUGUUGGAUACUCUAAUGGAAAAACAUUUAGAGUAUACAAUCUGAGAACCAACAUUGUUAUGGAAUCAAUUCAUGUAGUUUUUGAUGAUAAAAAGAUUCAAGGUUCGUCAGAUGAAGUAUUUCAUGACAAUCUCAGAUUUGAAAAUGAAGGUGAAGGUGAUCUAUAUGAUAGUGAUGAUGAAUGUGAUGAUUCUGCUCAGAAUGCUGGAAUUAAUCCUGGAAUCCAUAUUCCUACUGAUGAGCUGUUGCCACAUGAGAUAACAACCAUUGAAAAUUCAACUGAAGCAUCAGUUGAAACUACUGUGGAAGCAUCAGUUGAAACUCCUCUAGAUUCAUCAGUCGAAAGAAUUGAACUGGAAGAGGAGGUGUAUGUGAGUCAGCCUCUUGGUUUUGAAGAUCCAGACUUUCCAGAGUAUGUAGACUUCUUAUUGAAAGCACUUUAUGGUUUAAAGCAAGCACCAAGGGCCUGGAUGCAAAAUUGA